AUGAAAUCGCAAACAAGUGGGUAUGUGGACCCGCAUAUAGAAGAACUUGAUGAGAGCCGAGAGACAGGUUACCAAUGUAUAAUCGCUUUCUCCGGAGUCGUUUCAAUCGUUUCCCUUCUGAUUCUUGUCGUUUUUCCUUCAAUGUAUAAUCAUGUCGACAAUAUCUCACGAUUCUCGAGGCGAGAUUUUGAGUUUUGCCAGACUUCCGCUGACGAUUUGGAAACGGAAAUGAUGUCAGUGAGAGAAGGACUUUUGAAAGGAAGAAAUGUAACCAAAAGAGCUGUUGGUUACGGACAUUAUAAUCCAUCCAUGUUGGCUGCUGACACACCUCAAUUCCAAGAAUGUCCAGCUUGUUGCAUUCCUGGAGAACGUGGACCAUCCGGAGACCCAGGACUUCCAGCUCUUCCAGGAGCCCCAGGACCAGACGGAGCACCAGGUCGACCAGGAACCACACCAAACGCCUCAUGCAUUCCAGAACGUGUUUUCGAACCACCACCAUGCCUUCCAUGUCCACAAGGACCACGAGGAGUACCAGGACAUCCAGGAUUCCCAGGAGAUUCUGGAGAGCCAGGAAUCGGAGGAAGACCGGGAUCAGAUGGAAUGCCAGGAAAGCCAGGAGAGCCAGGACUUCCAGGGCCAAUCGGAUCACCAGGAGAGUCUGGACCAAUUGGAGACAAAGGAAGAACUCCAGAAGCACAUGUUAUCCCAGGACCACCAGGAGACGGUGGACCACCAGGACCAUGGGGACCACCACGAUCGGCUGGUAUGCCAGGGGAUGGAUAUGCUGGAACACCUGGAGAGAAAGGAUGGCCAGGACCGCCAGGAGCACCAGGACCAGGAGGAAUGCCCGGACCUAUCGGACCAUCUGGAGAACAAGGACCUUCUGGUACCCCUGGUACUUGUGUCUGUCAAGAUACUGAAGUUGUGAUGAAUGAUGAGAAGGGAAGAAUUCCAGCUCCACGUGAUAAUGUUGCUCCUGGAGCUACUGGUGGCUCAUAUGGACCACAAGGAGGUCAAGACGCAGCCGCUCCAUCCGCAAUUUCUCAAAGCCAAAACGACGGAUACGGAACAGAGAACUCGUUCAGUGGCCAUAAGAAUAACGGAGGCUACUACCAUUUGCGUAAAUUCACACAAUAG